GCUUACACCGAACGGCUGUCUACCAACUAAAGAUCUGGCAAAUAUCACUUUCUGCAUCACAUCUUGUUGCUUCAGACUUUUCAGGCUGAACAGGUUUCUCUCCAAACAAAGACGCAGUACUUUAUCCCAGCGAUCAUACGACAAAGAAGUCAAGCUCAGACAGUGUUUGGCCUGAUCGAAUCCGUUUAGAUCAGAUAUUUCAUUCGCCAAUCUACCUUGAUCAUGGCUCCUCGUGGUCGUGGUGGAAAAUUCUCAAAACCUACUAGAGGAGGUGGCAAGCAUUUUAGUCGAGAUGUACAACCGGUUGACAAGGAUGGUAAUCCGUUAGGCAUGUGGAGGGAUCCCGCAGAUGAACCAUCAUCAGAAGAGGAAGAAGAUUCUUCAGAGGAAGAGUUUUCCGAAGACGACGACGAUGCCCCCGGCCCAUCGAGAGUGGCACCCGAAGAAAUGACCCGUGAACAACGAAAGGCAGCUGCAAAAGCAAAGAAAGAAGCGGCCAUUAGAAAGAAAAACCAACAAGUCGCUCAACCCGGUGAUUUGCCGCCGACAGACUCCGAGGACGAAGAUGACGAUGACAAUGAGGAUUUACCCGCCAACCCAAACCAUUCAGCCAAAUCCCGCUCCCAAGCACGAGCAGCCCUUCCUGCUGAUACUGCUGCUGCACCUGAGCGAAAACCGAAGACCACGGAACAAUUAUCUCGACGUGAGCGAGAGGCUUUAGAGGCCCAGCAGGCUCGCGAGCGAUACAUGAAGUUACACAUGGAAGGUAAGACGGACGAAGCACGCGCCGAUAUGGAGCGGUUGAGACUUGUGCGAGAGCGUCGAGAGGCCGAGAAAGCGCGCAGAGAAGCUGAGAAGGAGGAGAAGGAAGCACAGCAAAAGGCUCGCCAGGAGGAGAUUACUGAGCGCGAAAUGAAGCUUCGUGAAGCAGCGAUGGGGAAACCACGAGGUGGUAAGAAAGUUUCCAAGAAGUGAUGGGUUACAUCUGUGGAGCGGGCUACAUCAAUAUCGGUAUUCGUUAAAAUCAUUACCGAUCGAACAAGGCGUUGGUCAGAAUCUGCCUCCUUGGUCUAUAUUGAGAAUACAAUAUAUUAUUUUCAAGCACACGCACUGGUUAAUGACAAGUCUCAUGAAUUUGUAGACACGAAGGUAACUGACGGUGCAGGCUGGAAGAUAAGUAGAUGAACAGAAAAGUACGCCAAACGCCUAUUCGAUGCGAAACAAAUGCUGAUAUGGCACUUGCAUGAGUAAUGUAAACAUCAGCAAAACAAAGAAGAAUAUGACACAAAACGAAGAAGCCAUCAAUUCUUUCAGGGCCUUUUUACCUCGGCAUAGACGUAUCGUAUGAUAUUAUAUAUAGCAGGUCUCACACCCCCCAAAACAAACCCUCAACACCACGACCCUGAGUAACAACAUUCCAACCCGCAAUCAGACUCACCAACCAUAGUAUCGACAACACCAAGAUGGGAAGUAACAACAAUUCCGUGUUGUGUAAAAACGGUAAAGCAUUGUAUCCGAGAAAGGUGAUAUAUGUAUAGUAGAGUAGUGCGGAGAGGUAGAGUGUGUUCCCUAGAAACGUGGUAAGGAAAUUUGGUGGGUUGCGGGUGAGGAUUGGUAAAAGGAGGAAUUGGAGGACGUAAAGGUGCAGGUAGAGAGGGAAGAAA